AUGAGUUCAUUUCAGAUCUUGUCCCUUCUUGCAGCUGCUACUUCCGUUGUAGCUCUCGCUGGAACCCCCAAUGUCUACGCUGGAACUCGUCGAGGUUCUUGCUACGGUGAAGCUUCGGCCGAUGACACUUGCUGCUACCUCUCUCCAGCCAGACUGUUGCAGACGCAAGUCUGGGAUACACGACCAGUUUCUGGGCCUUUUGAUUCAUGGACCAUUCAUGGCCUCUGGCCCAUCCAUAACAAUGGUUCCAUCCCAACCGAUUGCGAUACCAACCGCACAUACACAAACAUCACACAGAUUAUGUAUCACGCUGGAGCCGAAAGCACCAUUGAUGAGAUGAACAAGAUCUGGGAGUCUGCUGACGGCGAUAAAGAGGACCUCUGGCAAGACCAAUGGGUCUCCCACGGCACAUGCUUCAGCAGCCUCAACCGCGAAUGCUACGGCCGCCACUACGAAGAAGCCGAAGAGGCAGUUCCCUAUUUCCAAAAAGCCGUUUCAAUCUUCAAACGUCUCCCAACCUAUGACUGGCUGCGCGACGCUGGCAUCAUUCCUUCUUAUUCCAUGUUCUACCACCUCUCCGAUAUCCAAGCUGCGCUGGAGCAACGGCAUGGUUCUCGCGUAUCACUUCGCUGCGCAGGACAACGACUUCAUCAAAUUGGGUAUCACUUCAAUGUUACGGGCACACUUCAGGAUGGUUACUUUACUGAUUCGGGUGCUAUUGGCGAUUGGGACGAUUGUCCCGAGCUGGUGCUGUAUGAGCCCAAAGGAGAGACCAAGAAGGCCAUUUUUAAGUUUGAGACGUUUCAUCCGCAUACCGCUACGGAUGUGGAGGAUUUGUAG